CUCGUUUUUUUCUGUUGCAUUUUUGACAAAGUUACGAGCUGAUGUAUCGAUCGUGUAAAAUAUUUCAAGCAACAUAUUGGACAACGGCAUAAUUCGAAUCUUUGGAUGACUUGUUGACUUCUUGUCGCAGUAGAAUCAAUAGCAAGAGCAACAUAGACCACGAGCAGCCUUUUUUUCCUGUUUGUUUCCUGUUGUUUUAAUAUAGACGUCGAACAGAAAUAUCUGCUUUCUUUUUCUCACAAAAUGGGCUACUCUUUUCGACGACGCAUGAGAGCCGCACACCUGAGCAAAAAACCUGCGCUCUACUGCUAUGUUGUUGGAUUCUUAAUCUCAACUGGAGCUUGUAUUGGAGGAGCACUAGGGGCCUCGGAGGACUACACCUACACGGGCACUAAGGUAGCGGGAACUCGUUCAGAUGAGCUGCCCGGUGAUGCAGACGCUGCGGCCGGUCCUGUUUUUUCCACUAUGGAGCCACCCUUUCCAACAACAAGCGAGACGAGUACU